AUGAAUGAAGGAAUUCUUGCAUAUAAAAAGCAAGAUAUUUAUGAGAAAAGAGUCAUAAUUCUUAAUCUCAUAAUAUUAUGCCUACCUGCGAUUUUAACUAUCGAUCCAAUAAUUGUUACGUAUGUUAAAUUUCUGAAAGAUUUUGUUAAGUCGUCCACAUCUCCAAAAGUAAUUAAUGCAUAUCUGUGCUGGAAAAAAGAUGAACUUAUUUAUCUUCAUCGGCAAAUGCCUUUAACAAUGAUAUGCACCCUUUCUUCAUUUGAUCAUUACAAUGUUAUAUUGAAGAAGAGGAUAACAACUGCAGAAUUUAGGCAACAUGAAAUAUUUGUACUGGAUUUUUCAUGUUCUGAUAGCCUGGACUUUUUAAAUAAGGCAAACGAUGCAAAAUUAUUCAGCUUUCCAUACUCUUGGUUACUGCUUAGUCAGGAUGAACUCAAAUUAGAAAAAUAUGGAAUAUUACCAGACAGUAAUCUGAUUGUAGCACUAAAUAAUAAUUCAUCAGAAAUGUUCUUAUAUCAAGUAUAUAAAACAUCAUUGUUUUCUGAUAUUAUCUACGAACCAUAUGGUUUUUGGUCUGAAACCGAAGGAAUUACUGAUAGGAGAACUAGUCCAAUACUUUCUAGACGCCGACGAAACCUUCUUGGAGCUACAAUAACAUCCUCAUUAGUGAUUACUCAUAAUGAUUCGUUAAAUCAUUUGGAUGAUUAUAAAGAAAAGCACGUUGAUACUAUCACAAAGGCAGCCUAUAAACUGAGCAAUCAUCUCUUGGAUGUCGUAAAUGCGACAAGAUCUUACACCAUUGUGCCAUCUUGGGGUUACAGGGACCCCAAUGUUUCAGGGGGAUGGAAUGGAAUGAUUGGAGAGCUGAUAAGAGGAGAAGCUGAUUUAGGUACUCCACUAUUUUUGACUGCUGAUCGAAUACCUGUAAUUGAAUAUAUAUCGAUGACAACACCCACACAAUCCAAAUUUGUUUUUCGAGCACCUCCUCUGAGUUAUGUCAGUAAUUUAUAUCUUUUGCCAUUUGAUGAUGGAGUCUGGAUUGCUAGUUUGGCGUUCAUUAUAUUAAUGGUUCUGGCUAUGAGUUUCACAUCGAUAUUAGAACAUGAGGAAGAUUCUGGGAUUUGGACAACUGUAAGUAACGCUGUUUUGUUAUCAUUAGGCGCUAUAUGUCAACAAGGACCUUCCAGAUCUCCAAAUCAUCCAGCUGGAAGGAUACUUUCGUUUUUCCUAUUUGUAGCAGUCAUGUUCUUAUAUACAUCAUACACUGCAAACAUAGUAUCUCUUCUUCAAGCUCGAACCUACAGCAUUCGAACCCUUAAGGAUCUACUUGAUUCACCUAUGAAACUCGGAGUGGACGAUACUGUUUUUAAUCAUUAUUAUUUUUCGACAGCAAAAGAGCCGAUACGAAAAGCAAUUUAUGAAAAUAAAAUUGCUCCAAAGGGCGAGAAACCUCAUUUUUUUAAUGAACAAGAAGGAAUUGAUAAAAUGAGACAGGGAUUGUUUGCUUUCCAUUUUGAACGAGGAGUUGGCUACAAAAUAGUAUCAGAGACCUUCUAUGAGCAUGAAAAAUGCGGCUUAAUGGAAAUAGAUUUUCUGUCAUUCACGGAUCCAUGGAUGCCAGUUCAGAAGUAUUCUCCAUAUAAGGAGAUAUUCAAGAUAAAUAUGUUCAAAAUUCGAGAAAGUGGUAUCCAAUCUCGAGAAGUGGUCCUGCAUUACACUAAGAAGCCGUUUUGUACUACCGGCGGCGCCAGUUUCGUCAGCGUUGGAUUGCUCGAUUGCUAUUUUGCAGGAUUUCUACUUUGUGUAGGAAUUGCAAUAUCCAUAUGCCUUUUAGUGCUUGAACUUUUGUUCGGCACUCGCAAAACCAUCUUUGGUAAACAGAGUUCUGAAUUACUUCCUAGUGAUAAGGAUGCUUAUUUUUAUAUUUUACUACUGAUACCAUUGGCUACAAGUAUAAAUCCCAAAGUUAUUAAAUACACAGCAUUUUUAAAGCAUUAUAUUUCCGCUUCAAAAUCUCCUUCGAUAUUGACUGCAUAUUUAUGCUGGACAGAAGAUGAAUUAAUUUAUAUUCGACGAGAAAUUCCAUUGACCAUGCUGCGGAUUUCGCAAUCAUAUCAGGAGAGAAAUCAAGUUGAUCUAUUGGGAUUUCAACAACAUGAAGUUUUUAUUUUAGAUACUUAUUGUCCCUUUGCUCUAGAUAUUUUAGAAAAGGCAAACCAAGAAAACUUAUUUAAUUUUCCAUACACAUGGAUUCUAUUUGGUGCACAUGAGAUCAACUUGGAACCAUAUGAUAUUUUCGCUGACAGUAAUCUGAUUCUGGCGAUAGAAUUUCUAUCAGGCUUUUCCUUAGAUCAAGCGUAUAAAACAUCGAAAAUGGGCAAUCUAACAUAUGAACCAUUUGGAUACUGGUCAGAAAAUGAAGGAAUAAUGGAUAUCAGAACUAGCCCUAUAAAUUCAAGGCGCAGGAGAAAUCUUUAUGGAGCACCGAUUACGUCUUCUUUAGUAAUAACUCAUAAUGACUCACAAAAUCAUUUAGAAGAUUACAAAGAUAAACACAUUGAUACUAUCACAAAAGCAGCUUAUAAAUUAAGCAAUCAUCUAUUGGAUAUUGUGAAUGCAACCAAGAUUUACACAAUGGUACCAUCAUGGGGUUACAAGGAUCCAAAUUCUGUAGGAGGAUGGAACGGAAUGCUUGGACAAUUGCAUCGAGGAGAAGCAGAUAUAGGUACUCCAUUAUUUUUGACUACUGAUCGAGUGUCAUUAAUUGAAUAUAUAUCUAUGACCACACCGACCCAGGCAAGAUUUGUGUUCAGGGCUCCUCCUUUAAGUUAUGUCCAAAACUUAUAUCUUCUUCCAUUUGAUCGAGGUGUAUGGCUCGCUAGUCUGAUUUUUAUCCUUUUAAUGAUAUUUGUUAUUAGUUGUACAUCAAUGCUAGAAACAGAUGAGAAUACAGGAGUUUGGAUAACAGUAAGCAAUUCUUUCCUAUUGUCAUUGGGAGCAAUAUGUCAACAGAGUCCCCCUAAAAGUCCAAGAUAUCCUGCAGGAAGAAUAGUUACUUUAUUUUUAUUUGUGGCUGUUAUGUUUCUAUAUACUUCAUACACCGCUAAUAUAGUAUCUUUGCUGCAAGCUCGAACCUACAGUAUCAGAACACUCAAAGAUUUACUCAAAUCUCCAUUAAAAAUCGGAGUUGAUGACAUUGUUUAUAAUCAUUACUACUUUUCGACAGCAACUGAUCCAGUUCGGAAGGAAAUUUAUGAGAAAAAAGUUGCUCCGAAAAAUAAAAAACCAAACUUUUUCAGCCAGCAAGAUGGUAUUAAUAAAAUGAGACAGGGUUUAUUUGCUUUCCAUAUGGAACGUGGUGCCGGAUACAAAGUUGUAUCAGAAACAUUCUACGAAGAUGAAAAGUGUGGUCUAAUGGAAAUAGAUUUUUUGAAGUUCAAUGAUCCAUGGAUGCCGGUGCAGAAACGUUCUCCAUACAAGGAAAUCUUCAAAGUAAACAUGUUCAAAAUACGAGAAAGUGGAAUACAAUCUCGUGAAAUAGCACUGCAUUACACCAAGAAACCAGUUUGCACUACUGGGGGUGCUAGUUUCGUUAGCGUGGGAUUAGUCGACUGCUACUUCGCAGGAUUUCUACUCGCUGCCGGAAUUGCGAUCUCUAUAUGUAUAUUAGUGAUUGAAUUAUUGAGUGGUUCGUGCCGAAUCAAAACUGAUGAUGUCAGUCAAAAUAGUGAACUAACAACUAAUGACACAAACAGAGUAAAUGAAAAUAUACAUUUUUUGGAAUGA